UCUCAUGAUGUCCCGAAUGACGAAACAGUAGAGACGCAGAAGAGACUCUGACAUUCACCUGAUUAGUUGUUGUAACUUGUUAAAGUUUCUAGCUUAGCACAGCAACAUGCCUCCAUCCAUCAAUGUGGCCGACAUCAGGGCCCAGUUUCCUGGCCUCGCACAGAAGCAGGUCUUUAUGGAUAAUGCAGGAGGCUCUCAAGUCCUUCAAACAGUCAUAGACGCAAUCUCAACCUAUCUUUCCAAGACCAAUGUUCAGCUUGGCGCAUCCUACCCGGUUUCUCAGGCUUCCACGGCCAAGUUUAAUGACGGUCACAUUGCUGGCGCAAAAUACAUCAAUGCAUCACCAAAAGAAGUCGUGUUCGGGCCUUCGACCACGCAAUUGUUUCGCAAUCUGUCGAUCGCCCUCAAGAUAGAGUCAGGCUCUGAAAUUGUCCUGUCGAGUCUUGACCAUGAAGCCAACCUUGCUGCCUGGGUUCAGCUGGCGGAAUGGAAAGGACUGACCGUCAAAUGGUGGAUUCCUACCAAGAAUACAACAUCAAACCCAAGACUCGAAGCCGACGACUUGAAAGCACUUUUGACACCAAAGACGCGCCUUGUCUGCUGUACGCAUACCUCCAACAUUCUCGGUACUGUCACAGACGUUGCGGCCUUGUCCAAAGUCAUCCACGAAACCAACCCCAAUACUCUGUUCUGUGUCGAUGCUGUAGCUUAUGCUCCGCAUGCACCGAUAGACGUCAAAGCAUUUGGCGUUGACUUUUAUUCUUUCUCCUGGUACAAGGUAUAUGGGCCACACGUUUCUAUGCUGUACGCCAGUGAAAAGGCACAGGCACAACUGCAAAGUCUAGGUCAUUAUUUCAAGCCUGGGGACACCCUGGAAGAAAUGCUUGGUCUUGCUGCCGGAAAUUAUGAAUGUGUUCAGUCUAUUCCUCAAGUUGUCCAAUAUGUUGACAAGUUGGGGUGGGGUCCGGUUGCUGAGCAGGAACAGGAGAUUCAAGAGAUCCUCUUGUCUUACCUGCGCUCGAAGCCAGAGCAGAUCAAGAUAUAUGGAGAGCCAUCUUCGAACAGGAAGCUCCGCGUACCGGUCAUCAGCUUCCGCGUCAGAGAUCAGAGCUCGCUUGGAAUCAUCGAUGGUAUUGAGGCACGGUCAGACUUUGGCUGCCGCAGUGGGCAUUUCUAUAGUAAGCGCCUGUGUGAGAAUGUUCUCGGAAUUUCUGACAGCGAUGAUGGCGUGGUGAGGUGUUCACUGCUUCAUUAUAACACUGCUGAUGAAGUGCACGGAUUGGUUAAAGUGCUGGAUGAAGUAAUCACUGAAGGAGCUGGAAAGGUUGAUCCGGAGGCCAGCAGGAAGGACGUCGCAAACUGGUAGUAAAUGUCUAGCCUUGUUAUUGUGUUGGGCGUUACCUGACAAAGGAGGCAGACAGAGGUGCACCAAGACCUUGUGUUUCUGUUGGAUAUUCUGACUUGUUCAAGACGAUAAGGGA